AUGUCGCAAGCAGCAGCGACUCGGACUGAUUUCCAGGAUGAUCCGGAUCAUCACGGAAGCGAUGAUGGAGACAAGAAGAAGAGCAGGAGACCAGCAAAUACUGCUUUCCGCCAACAACGUCUCCGAGCAUGGCAACCAAUUCUUACACCCAGAUCGGUUCUUCCGAUUUUCUUCGUGAUUGGAGCCAUCUUUGCGCCCCUAGGAGGUGUGUUAUUAUGGGCUAGCGAGCAGGUCCAAGAAAUCAUUAUCGACUACACAGACUGUGAUACCCUUGCACCUUUAUCUAGUACAGCAGCUCUUCCAUCGGGCAGAGUGACUUCAUCCUUCAAAUCUUCGGCACAGACUUCUGUUACCACCUGGCAGCGCAAUGAGACGGACGAAGCGACCAAGACGACUGGUUGCUCACUAUUCUUCGAUAUCCCCGAACCUCUCGGACCUCCCGUGUUCCUAUAUUACAAAUUGACCAACUUCUACCAGAACCACAGAAAGUAUGUACAAUCGCUCGAUACCGACCAAUUGCAGGGCAAGGUCGUCGAUAAUGCGACUAUUUCAGGCAGCACUUGCGAUCCUUUGACUACGGAUCCGGCAACCGGCAAAGCAUACUAUCCUUGUGGCUUGAUUGCAAACUCGCUAUUCAAUGAUUCUAUUUCCAGUCCGGUGUUGGUCAAUGAGGAAACCUACAACAUGACAGACAAGGGCAUCGCCUGGCCUAGCGAUAAGGAAAUCAUCAAGACCACCAAAUACAAUUAUUGGCAGGUCGUCCCACCCCCAAACUGGCGGGUGAAAUACCCAGAGUACACUGCUGAGAAUUUCCCUGACCUUGGCAAUGACGAGGCAUUUAUGGUUUGGAUGAGAACUGCGGGUCUUCCUACUUUCAGCAAGCUGGCUCGUAGAAAUGAUACGACUGCCAUGCCAGCCGGCCAAUACAGAUUGGAUAUUCAAAGCAGUUUCAAUGUCACCGAAUAUGGUGGUACCAAAUCGAUCAUGAUCUCCACCAGAACUGUCAUGGGUGGAAAGAACUCAUUCAUGGGAAUUGCAUAUAUUGUUGUUGGAGGUGUUUGCGUACUCAUCGGUGUGCUUUUCACAGCUGCAAAUCUGAUCAGACCAAGGAAACUCGGCGAUCACACUUACCUCACGUGGAAUAAUGAACCUUCGACAGGUGCUGCCACUGGACAUGAUCAGCGUUGA